AUGUCCACCGUAUCGUCGUUGCUAAGACACUCAAGUACUUGGAACAAUGAAAACUGCUAUGUGAAUUUCAAAAUCGAUGCAAAUGCUUUCAGAGAAUAUUCGACGUAUAUAGAUUUAUUACAAGCAGUUGCAACUCAGCUGAAUAUAGACCUGCAACUGAAAAACAUAUACAUCAAAUAUAUCAUUGAAGGUAACGACACGACAAUAGAAAUACAUAAUGAUAUGAGUGUUAGGGUGUAUGUGGAAUUGAAGAAAGAGAACAAACAGUUAGCGAUGUAUCCUUUGUGCAUAAAUACAACUGAUAAAAGCGUUGAUAAUUGUGUAUCUGGUGAAAGUUGUAUUGAAGGAGGGAUUUUGCAAAUUGGUUACACAAAACAAACAAAUGCUAUGGAAACAGUAGGGAGUGGAGACUUAGCUUCUUCAAGUUGUGAUAAGAAUCAAAAAGAGGUUGUUGUUGAUCAAGUUUACAAGAACAAAGAUACACUAAAGGCUAUUAUGGCGAAUUAUGCAGUUUCCAACAGGUUCAAUUUUUGUGCCGAGAGUUAUACACUAGUAUGUGUGUCUGAAGAGUGUGAUUGGAAAUUUAGAGCAUCGAGCGUUGGUAAAUCAGAAAUGUUCAGGGUUAUGGAGUUUCAUGACAAGCAUACAUGUUCGCUAAAAGAUCAGGUGUAUUCACAACGCCAUGCGACAAGUUGGUUUAUAGGUGGAAUUGUAAAGCCAAAAGUAGCCAACCAUCAGAGGAAAUACACACCUAAUGAUAUAGCGGAGGAUGUAAGAAAUGAUCUUGGAAUGGAUGUGUCCUGUAUGGUCGCUUGGCGGGCUAGGGAAAAGGCAAUGAAGGAUUUAAUGGGUGAACCAUCGGAUUCUUACAUAAAAUUACCUGGGUACCUAUACAUCAUGGAUAAAACGUAUCCAGGUUCACAUAUAAAAAUGCGAAAAUCCGACGAAAAUGAGUUUCUGUAUCUGUUUAUAGCAUUUUAUGCAUUCAUCAAAGGGUUUCAUUGUUGUAGGCCAAUUGUUGUAGUUGACGGGAGGCACCUCAAAACAGCAUACAACGGAACGUUCGUAGCAAGCACGUUAGACGGUACAGGUAAUGUACUUUCUUUAGCAUAUGGUGUGAUAGAUUCAGAAAAUGACAGGUCUUGGACGUGGUUCUUUGAGCGAUUCAGGGAAGCGUAUGGUGUAAGAGAGAACAUGUGUAUUGUUGCUGAUAGGCAUGAAAGCAUAAACAAAGCUGUUUCUAGAAUCUAUCUGAAUGUGCCGCAUUAUGCAUGCAUAUGGCAUCUUUGGGGUAACGUAUGUAAGAAGUAUAAGAAGAGCCAUAAUGUGUUGAGUCCCAUGUUUUAUGCAAUGGCAAAAGCGUACACGCAGGAAGAUUUUGAUGAGCUUAUGGGGAAGGUUGAGAAGGCAUAUUUUCGAGUGGUAGAGUAUUUGGAAUUGGCUGGAAGAGAGAAGUGGGCUAGAGUGUAUGCAACUACUAACCGAGGGUGGACAAUGACUUCAAACAUAGCAGAGUGUAUUAAUCAUCACCUUGUAGCAGCAAGAGAGCUUCCUAUAUUUGAUUUUCUAGAAGAAGUCGAACCAUCAACCAAAUACUUGUACACAAUAUAUGAUGCAGGAAGGCGUUUCAUCGUUAACUUGGACAACAAAACUUGCAGUUGUCAGAUGUUUCAAAUAGACGAAAUUCCAUGCCCACAUGCAUGGGCUGUCAUUAAGAAGAAAAAUCUAAUGGCUGAUGAUUACUGUUCCGAAUUGUUCAAACCGCACACUGUGGUGAAGACGUAUGAUGUCGCCGUGGAUCCUCUCCCUGAUGAGCGGGAAUGGAAGAUUCCAACAUACAUAUCAGAGGAUGUGGUUUUGCCACCAAGAUACAAGAGACCUCCUGGUAGGCCAAAGAAAAAGCAUGAUAAGCCGUUAUUUGAAUUGCUUCUUGGGAAAAAGAGACAUGCUUGCAGUACUUGUGGACAGACUGGACACAAUAGACGAUCUUGUAGUAAUGCUCCUAGAAGGAAGUAA